AUGGCAGCUGCUUUGGACGCUAUUGGUCUCAUCAGUGGUGGUCUUGGUAUCAUCCAGUUCUUCUUGGACAACGUUCCAUCCAGUACUCCUCAGGGAGCAUCAGUCCAGAUCAAAGCAGGUCUUGGUGAUGAUACUUCCGAUAACCUGGGCGGCGGCAUCGACAAUGUCUAUGCCUUCGAUUACAACAAUAACUACCUUGGUGUCUCUAGUGGCUGCUCUAUGGGCGACGGCGGCGUAUGCCAAGUCACUGUAGACCAGGGUAAUGCUGGCGUUCAAGCCGACUAUGUCUCAAUCUCCAACGGCAACGAUGCAACUUGUAUCGCUUGGGUCUCUGUCAGUCAGUUUGACAGUUCGCCUGGAGGUGCCUGGACUGGUGACAUCGGCUACAACUGCGGCGACAUCUGGUACUAUGGUAAUCAGUUGGCUGGUAGAAACCCCGACGGCUCUGAGUAUCGCCCCUACUGCGCUUGGUUCGAUGGUGACCACACAAACGGCUUCCAAUAUGCUUCCCUCAAGUUCACCGUCCGCGCUUAUGGAGAGAAGGCAAGCGAUACCAUCAGCCAGAACAAAGUCUGCUCAGCCAGCAUCUUUGGUGCAGACACUGGACCCAUCAAUGGUCAACCCGAGUCCAUCUCCAAGAAGCGCUCUGUCAAACGAGCUCCUUCGACACGUCGGUCUUGGAUGGAGAAUCGUCUUAUCAUUUCGAGUCAUGCAGGUCACACGGCAGAACACCUAUGCAACUCUGCUACCAGCUGGGGUCCUGACUUCGUUGGUGCUGAUGGGCAAUUCUGUGACAUGGCUACAAAGACUCUGUCUCCUCUUUGCUCCAAGGAGGACGUCGACGGAUGUAUAGAUGUAAGUCAGAACGGGACGGUAGUCGCUAAACGUUCGAUCGCGCGUCGCUCGGUGCCAAUCACCAAGGCCAACAUUCCUCGCGACUACCUUGUUACGGUCUUGUUGAGAAUGGCUGACCGCUUCUCAGUGGAAUGGUCGAUCAAAUACGAAGUACCCGUACACAGGCAGUUGUUGGCUUACUUCUCAUCCUAUUUUAAGGCAGCCUUCGAGAGUGGCUUUGCCGAGAGUACACAGGAAGUCUUUGUUCUUGAAGGUCUUUCUGCCAUCACGUACCAAGAGCUUUUCAGAUGGCUAUACACAAAACAACUCGACCUCUUGUAA